CCAGCAGUGGGUCUGUCCUUUGACAUUCUUGUUUGUGAAGAUGGAAAACUUACUAUCUCUGGAGUCAAGCUUUUACUUGAGAUAACUGAAACCUUGUGCCCUCAGCUUCCCUGGAAGAACACCCCCAAGAUGGCAGAGGAGAACGGCGGUGCCAGGGACUGCGUGUCCCGCAGGGUGCUCGGCUGGGACCAGGUGAGCCGGCUGCACGAGGUCCUGACCGAAGUCGUCCCCAUUCACGGCCGCGGCAACUUCCCGACCCUGGAGCUCACCCUGAAGGACAUCGUGCAGACGGUCCGCAGCCAGCUGGAGGAGGCGGGCAUCCGGGUGCAGGACGUGCGGCUCAACGGCUCGGCGGCGGGCCACGUCCUGGUCAAAGACAACGGCCUGGGCUGCAAAGACCUGGACCUGAUCUUCCACGUGGCUCUUCCCACCGAGGUGGAGUUCCAGCUGGUCAGAGAUGUGGUUCUGUGUUCCCUCUUGAACUUCCUGCCGGAGGGCGUGAGCAAGCUCAAGAUCAGCCCGGUCACCCUGAAGGAGGCUUACGUCCAGAAGCUGGUCAAGGUCUGCACGGACACCGACCGCUGGAGCCUCAUCUCGCUCUCCAACAAGAACGGGAGGAACGUGGAGCUCAAGUUCGUCGACUCCAUCCGGCGUCAGUUCGAGUUUAGCGUGGACUCCUUCCAGAUCAUCCUGGAUUCCUUGCUCGUCUUCUACGACUGCUCCGGCAGCCCCGUCUCUGAGCACCAGCACCCCGCGGUGAUCGGGGAGAGCGUGUACGGGGACUUCGAGGAGGCCCUCGGCCACCUGCAGAACAGACUGAUCGCCACCAAGCACCCGGAGGAGAUCCGGGGCGGGGGGCUGCUCAAGUACAGCAACCUCCUGGCGCGGGACUUCCGGCCCACCGACCAGGAGGAGAUCAAGACGCUGGAGCGGUACAUGUGCUCCCGGUUCUUCAUCGACUUCCCGGACAUUUUCGAGCAGCAGCGGAAGCUGGAGACCUACCUGCAGAACCACUUUGCCGAGGGAGAGAAGAGCAAGUAUGACUACCUCAUGAUCCUGCGCAGGGUCGUGAACGAGAGCACCGUGUGCCUCAUGGGCCACGAGCGCAGGCAGACCCUGAACCUCAUCUCCCUGCUGGCCCUGCGCGUGCUGGCGGAGCAGAACGCCAUCCCCAACGCCACCAACGUCACCUGCUACUACCAGCCGGCGCCUUACAUCAGCGACGGCAACUUCAGCAACUACUACGUGGCCCACCCUCCCGUGACCUACAGCCAGCCCUACCCCACCUGGCUGCCCUGCAACUAACCUUAAGACCCGAGGGGUCCCACAGUGGGCACCCCGCUAGGGCAAGCGCUCUCAGGUAGGGGAGCCUCCUUCUAGAUGUAGGUGUUUGGCUUUUAAAGGGGAACUCAGCUCUGAUUCUGCUUUGCUUUUCUUUGUGUGCCCAUUGGAAUGGGUCUACAGUAGCUCAUGAGCCAACCCUAAAGGGACCCGUUACUCAGUGCCACUUUGGAAAAUGCUAGAGGAAGUGUCCCCCGUCCACAUCUUUCCAAGAUAGACACCAACAUGUCACGUCCCAGGCCUCAGCACAGGGGGGUUGAGCUCUGUGCGGGCGUUGAGACGGGGUUGAUGCCGGGGGCAUUGGAGAAGGCUGUGCCACCUGUGGAGUCAGCGGUGCUGGCCCUUCCCUGGGUUCUCAGCAAUUUCAUGGAAGUUGUGCCGACAGUCUAUUUUCUUGUAUCAAUUUUAGGCAGAAAAUGGCAAAUAGGAGGGUGUGCUUGUGACUUUGUUUUUUUUUUGUUCAAGAGACUGAAUUGCUUAUGUUGAUUCCCCAUCAGCAGAGCUGAGACUUUCUUCAUCAAUAAACCAAAGCCAGUAGCUGGAGAUCUGAGAUCUGGUUGGAAGUGUUUUGUGGUUUUGAUGCUGUGCUGUCAGGAGGAAUGGCGAAAGAUGGCCGAGGGAAAAACUAACAAACAAAACAAAACAAAACAAACAAAAAAAAAAACCCUGACCUUUUCUUGAAAUGUAACUUGAAAACAAAAUACAAUGUGGGACAUACUAUUAAAGUAGAAUUUUGGUGGUGGUGGUGGUGGGGGGGGCGAUUGUAAAUAGGAAGCAUGAAUGUUCAAUUUUUCUUGAAGGAAUUCUUGCUGAAUGACACUUUCCACCCCUCCUUAGCUCAUCGCGGUCGUUUUGCUUUUCCUGAGACCAAGGAUUGUGCCGAGUCUAGAACCUGUCGUGACUGGCAUCGGGGUCUUCCCGUGUUGUCGCUGGAAACCCACUUUGAUCACAUUCCGAGUGUAACAAGCUGUUUUUCUGGAGUAUUUUGGCUGGUUUUGCUUGUUUCUGUUUUGUGAGUGUUUUUGUUUUCCAGAAUAGCGACGUAUCCUUCUCCGGGUUUUUUUGGACAGCAAACGAAUUCAGGGAUUUCAGUGGAACUGGGUGACCCGCUGGAGGGGGGGGGGGGGGUCCGCUCCCGUGAGCAGAGUUCUUUGGCUCAAAACUGCUUUAGAAUUGGACCUGCCGGCCCCGCGCUGCGCUGGGGUCGGGCCUGGCCUUCAGCGGGCCUGGCAUGCACUUUGCGAUGAUGAAUUCUGGUGUUUUUGAGUGACUGAAGAAUGAUCUUCCUUAUUUUGAUAGGUUUGACCUUACUUGUUUAUAUUCUGCACUUUAGAAGGAAAACAGUGUUAAUCUCUAGUCUGCAGCGAGCUUAGUAAGUGGGAGAGCUCUAGGCUCCCGAUGGCUUCCCAGUAGAUGUAGAUAAGGGGCUUGGGGGUUUGAAACGUUUUCCAGAAUCUUUCAGAAAGCGGCACUCUCGGCCAUCAAGGGCCAAGAAACUCGGGUUUGCCAUCCGGCUUGGUUUCUGCAGUGAUUUUUGUCAGCACCGAGGUCCUGAGUUUUUACUUUCUCCUGUGGCCAUCAAAAUCCCAGCCUCGAGUGAUUGCCAUCCCCUUGCUUUUAGCAAUGAAGUUACCUUGUUGCAGAUCCAGGUGGCACAGGAGUGGGUUACCCUUUUCUAAAGAGAGAGCCAGAUUUUUUUCUGCAAUGCGAGGUGAGGUCUUUGUGCUUUUAAACGCAGCCGGGACAUAGCUGAAAUCCAAAACCGAGCUGGUACCCACGUUGCGCGGCGUCAGGUGAGUGAGAGGCCCUGGCGAGGACGGCCGUCUCCCGUUGCGCUGUGAGCUGUGGGUGUAAUUUGAAUUAACUGACUCUGACGUCAAGGACAUUUCUCCAUUGAGGGGCCCCGGGAUGCGUUAGUGUUAAGAGGGUGGCAAUAAAGAGAGUGAAUCCCGACUUUAAAAACUGUGUGGUGAUCCAUGACCUUAAAAAAAAAAAACUGCCGUGGUGGUCAAAUGGCGACGUGUUUGCACAAAAGUGACAGAUCUGUUUAACCAAAGCUCUGGAAUGUGACGCCGCCGCCAGCCUGAGCGCUUGCUAACAGAAGUCAGUAUUGCAUCUCCCGGAAGGCGUGGGGAUCAGGUCGAUGAGGCUCCGGGUGACGACAGGAUCGGGAUCUCAUCAACAAUUAAAUCCGCAGUUUGUCCUUGGUGUGCUCUCUGCGUGGGCAUUUUUCUUUUCCCUAUCCGGUACUAGCCUUCCUUUGAGGAUGAAGGGAGGCACGGAAGUUGCUAGAAGUUCCCACCCUGCCAGUUCUUUACCACCACGCACGAUCACCGUCUUGGUCAGGGCUCUUUCCCCUGACGUUAUUAGCCCAGCUGUUUUGGAGUCUGAGAGUAGACUUGGGUUCUAGAACCAUCCGUCAAAGCGGCAGCAGACCAGCGCUGCACUGUGAGAACCCAGCCCCGGCCCAGGAGCGUCUGCACCUGCUCUGCGAGCCGGCUCCCAGCCUCCGAAUAGGCCAGGUAAACCUUGCAUUUCAGGUAUCUGGAAAAUCCAGCUGAAACCUGCCUUUCACGCUGCUCACACGGCAGCAGGCACUCUGAACUUGUGCUGGGUCCAGUGGCUCCUCUUGCGUGCGUGUUGAGUAACAUGAAACUUGGCAGCGGCCCUGGGCACUAAAGCGCAAAGGCAAGUUCUCAUGUAAAGUGAACGGACUCCUUUGCUCCAGAAUUCCCACCAGCCUCUGAUGCUCUCUGCGAGCUUGGCGUCCCAGUCUGCUUCUUGGGAUUCGUUUGAGCAGCAGUGAGAUUUAAAAAGAACCUUUUUCCCCCACCCCUGUGGUAGGAAAAAGGUGGUACACACCGAAUUCUUGGCUCUGAACUUGAAUCUCACCCUGCAGUCCUACCUUGGCGCUGAGACACUAGUCCUCACUCAGUAACUUCAACUCUGAAACUGGGCUCUGUCACUAACACCCGCAAAUCCAGGUUCCUGCCGGCUGCUUCGAGGACCUGGCAAAGGGAAAAAAGUCAGGUGGGGAAGAUUCUGGGCUCCUGGCAUGUGGUAACAGAUGCUAUAUGGGUGCAGAUGUGCUUCGACAUUCAAGUUGUUUUUUUUUUUUUCUUCCCCCUCCAGUUUGAUUUUUUUUUUUCCCCUGGGGAUUUGCGUCACACAGAGCUGUGUGCAAGCCUGUGUUUGGCGGUGACGCACUCGUCGUCAACUGCUAAAGCCUUCAAUCCACUCUCCCCGCAGCAGCCCCCCUAGCUGGGUCGGCGAGGGCAGUCACUAGUACUGCUUUGUUCACUUGGGAAACUGGUGACAACUCAAAACAACUCCCUGACUGAAGAGACGGUGCCUUUCUAGCUCACUUCCAGGUGCCUUGUUUCAGAGUGCAGCUACCUUCUGAGCUCAGGUGUCCUCUUCCGAGAAUAAAUGAUGCUCCCGCAGCUGGGAGAGGAGCCCCUUGCUCCCCAGGGCCCUGCCUUAGGCUGCCCGGCUGAGGUGCUAACUUGGGAGACCCUGGGGGCGGGGGAUUCUGAUUCUGUGAGGUGCGAGAACUUGGCAGUUGCCAAGGUGCAAAACCCGUCCUUCAUCUGGCAGCCACCAGAACGUUCACAGCUGACUUUGGAACCUCCUCCCAUUCAGGCCGUUAAAUUCAGAACCCCAAGGGAGGUAGGUGGGUAUUUAACAAGACCUGGCAACCCUUCAGGAUUAUUUGUGGAGCCUUCCAAGGUGAGGAUCAGAAAAGGAAAUGCUGUUUUUGUGAGUUCAAGUUCUAAAUCUUGUUUACUUAUCACUUCAAAAAAAAAAAAAUGUUCAAGUGUAAGCAAAAGAAAAUGCUUGGAGUGUUGCCUGGGUUUCUGAGAGUUGGUACAAAUUGUCGUGUGUUUACGUAGGAAGGUGAGAAGAUCAUCCACUGAAGAGGAAGUCAUUAACCACUCUGGAUCUCUGGGCAUUUGAAAAUUCAAGCCAUCUGUGUUUUUUGCUUUUUUUUUUCUUUUUAAUGGGUAAAAAAAAAAAAUAGCUUCUCUAGGAUGAUUAAGAGUUUUUAUCCAUUAAUUUCCAAAUUGAUCUAGCUGAAAAGUAAAUAUACUCACUAGACGAAAUUGGGAGCUUUUUUUUUUUUUCCUUUUGGUGAUAUUUGCAUAGCCUUUGAAAAAUGAGUUUCUUAGGGCUACGGAGGCUGCGUGAGACUUCCUCUUCGGUGUGAGGGUCGCUGACCUUACCUCUGCAGGUAAAAUCACUUGUCAAUGCAAAAUGUGUUAGAACCUGAUGAAUUAAAGCUUUGAGUUUGAGAAAUAAAGAUAUAUUUAAAAAAAGCAAACCUUGUCCGUUA